AUGUUUUGUUACAAACAACUCUCUACAUACAAACUCUCUAAAUAUGUUGCAUCCAUCCUACAACAGUCUGCACACGGACACUACAACGUUUCCGACAGCUUCGAGUUUGCAAAAUACGUGCCAACGGUCAAACUUCCGCCAGGGUAUGUACUAGUUUCAUUCGACGUCGUAUCCCUAUUCACAAACAUACCCAAGGAUCUAGUACUCAGGGACAUCAUCAUGAACUGGCAAAGCAUCAAGAAGGUCACGGACAUCAAUCUAGACCUCUUUCUAGAAAUCGUAGAAUUUUGUCUCGACAGUUCAUACUUCUGUUUUCGAGGCAAGUACUACGUACAAACAUUCGGCACAGCUAUGGGUAGCCCACUGUCCCCCAUACUCGCAGACCUUGUAAUGGACACGCUACUGUGCACCGUUGUUAGACUAGUUCCGUUUCCAAUACCCAUCCUGAAAAAGUUUGUUGACGACCUGCUGCUAGCAUUACCCAUGGACCAGAUACAGACGACACUAGACAUCUUCAACAGUUAUAACCCAUAUCUACAGUUCACAAUCGAAAAAGAAAAUGACAACAAACUACCCUUCUUGGACACGCUAAUUACCCGACACAACGACCAAACACUCAGCACCACCUGGUACAGCAAACCUAUUGCCUCAGGACGAUUGAUGAACUAUCAUUCUUUCCAUCCAACUGCAAUGAAAAUGAAUGUUGCUUCUAACUUCAUUGAACGUGUAACGAGACUAUCAACGAAUCCAGGUGAAGAAAUCCAAAAACACAUAAUCUUCCAAAACCUCCGCCGCAACAACUUUCCAUCAGCCCUCAUCAAUAGAAUGUUAUGCCGCAUACGACCAACCAACCUGCAAAACACAACGAUUAAUGACAGUGAAACACCAAAUCGCAUAACACCUGCAACAAGCUCCACAACAUCGCCCAUCCAACAACAUCAAAACACUCCAUCAUCACCAUCCAGCAACAUAAUACCACCAGUCUCCAGUCCGACGUUCCAACCCAGCGAAACCAUAAAUUCCAACCAGCAGAAUCAAUCCAUCCAACCAGAAAUGCAGCAAAACAUAUCUCCACCGCCAAUUAGAUACAGGUCCGUACCGUUCAUCCCUCAACUGUCAACAAAAAUAGCCCACACCCUCAAACAUGACUAUCCUCAUCUAAAAUUAGCGUAUCGUACUAUCAAGACAACCAAAAAUCUACUUAGACCAGUAAAAGACCCAGUUCCAAACAUGAAACAAUCCCAAGUAAUAUACAACAUUCCCUGUAAAGACUGUAACAAAACAUAUAUAGGUAUGACCAAAAAUCAAUUAAGAACUAGGAUUAGUGGACAUCAAACACACAUUAACAAAUACCAAAGACUACGAGAUAACGACACACAAGAAGUACAACAAGAGAUAAACAAAUUACGAGAGACAACCGCACUCAUGAACCAUGCCAUACAAGAAGAACACAGCUUUGAUUUGACUAAAACAACCAUACUAGACCGAGCUCGAAGAGUAUCAGCUCUCCCAAUAUUAGAAAUGUGUCACAUAGCCAACAACCCUAACACAGUCAACCAUAGAACAGAUGUAGAUAACCUAAAUACAACGUACGCAGGUAUAUUACACUCUCUCAAAAAUCGACAAAGCAGAAAAAAUCGACGAACGGUAGAAUCGACAAACACACACGAACCAUAAAAUAUAAAAGCACAAUUAACCAUAAAGCUCUAGACAGAAAUUCACCAUUUUAAAACAGUCGUUAUAUGUGUAAGCAAAACUCUGACCAAAAUUAUCAUUUAAAUUACCCAAAAAUUGUACAAAAGUAAGAAAUUCGUGAUAUGUGUUUUGUGUUGUAUUGUACUCAAAGUCAAUUUCAAUAUUUCCUACAGAAGCAAUGACCCGGAUAAAUUGACAAAUGCAAAUGCAAAUUGUAACAAGGACAAGGACGAUAGACAAUUUUUCCCUUGAAAAAGGCCAAAACCCAUGGCCGAAACGUCGGGUAGAAUAAAAUAAAUCGUCGUAAAUUAAGACUGAGAUAGCCGUUUCUACGCAAUU